UUUUGUUUGACAGUUAAUGGUAAAACAUUAGCAAUAGAAACGAUUUUGUAUUAUUUUAAAAGGAUAUACUCUUAUUUUCCAUAAUGACUGAAAAUGAGGACGAAAUAACGACAUUUUGUGAUUCGGCAGCAUCGUUGGUGGAAGGAUGUCGACUACCCGUUCGAAUGCAAGGAGGUGAUGAUUGGCCCCUCGCAGAAAUAAUAAGUAUAAAAGAAGUCCGAGGGCAAAGAGGAUAUUACGUUCACUACGUAGAUUUCAAUAAACGUUUAGAUGAAUGGGUUGGAGAAUCAUGGCUCGAUACACGAAAAGUGCAGUUUCCAAGAAGAGAUGGGGCUCCAACCGCAGGCACAACAACUCCAAAGAAAACUCAUAUUGGAUCUGGAGGUGGCGUCAUGCCUAAUUUUCUUAAUGAUACUGUCUGCAAUGAAACUCAGAAAAUCAUCUCGAGUAUCACUAGAGAAAACAAUGUGCAACCACAAUUAAAACCUAAACUAAUUGAGAAAGUACAAACACCAGUCAAUGGUGCUGCACAAAAAGUUAUAUCUGGUAUGUUGCCACCAGUGGAGCCCCGUCAACUUGUUUCUCGGCCGGCGAGUCCAACACUUGUGAACGACUCAUCGUCGCUAGUCAAUGGAGGCGCAGUUCUGGCCGCUGCAUUACAAAAGAAAAUGAAUAGGAAGCGAAAAGCUAAUUCUUUAGAGAAUGAUUGGGCGGAGGGCGAGGCGGAGGAGGCGGGCGGCGCGGCCACGCCCACGGCGCGGCCGCGCACGUCCGGCAGCAUGCUGGCGCACGGCCACGACGACCUCGUCACGCGCAUGAAGAACGUCGAGAUGAUCGAGCUGGGCCGCCACCGCAUCCGGCCCUGGUACUUCGCGCCCUACCCGCAGGAAAUGGUCAACCUACCUUGCAUAUACAUAUGCGAGUUCUGUCUUAAAUACAGAAAAAGUAAAAAGUGUCUGGAAAGACAUCUAAUAAAAUGUAAACUUAAACAUCCACCUGGCAACGAAAUAUAUCGCAAAGGCAGUAUAUCAUUCUUCGAGAUAGAUGGCCGAAAAAACAAAUGCUAUGCCCAGAACCUGUGCCUACUUGCUAAACUAUUCUUAGACCACAAGACGUUGUAUUAUGACACUGAUCCAUUUUUGUUCUAUGUUAUGACAGAGUUUGAUUCGAGAGGGUUUCAUAUAGUAGGAUAUUUUUCUAAAGAGAAAGAAAGCACAGAAGACUACAAUGUAGCAUGUAUAUUGACAUUACCUCCAUACCAAAGAAAGGGAUAUGGAACUUUACUUAUAGAAUUUAGUUAUGAAUUAUCAAAGUUUGAAGGCAAGACCGGCUCUCCAGAAAAACCUUUGUCGGAUCUUGGUCUACUGUCAUACAGAAGUUACUGGGCUCAAACUAUAUUGGAAAUACUAAUAAAUAUUAAACCAGUUGGCGAGAACGAGAAACCCAUUAUAACAAUUAAUGAAAUUUGUGAAUUAACAAGUAUUAAGAAAGAAGACGUCAUCAGUACCUUACAGAACUUGAACCUCAUUAAUUAUUAUAAGGGCCAGUACAUCAUAUCUGUGAAUCAGGAAACAAUACAACAACACGAAAAAGCUAUGGAGAAAAAAUUACUAAGAAUCGAUCCCAAGUGUUUGCAUUGGACUCCGAAGGAUUGGUCAAAAAGGGCGAAAUGCGUUUGAAGUGUUUCGGAGAUGCGAGCUAUCUAACUCUGGCUUCGACACGUAGGGAAUAUUGAAAGGUAGUUAUAUCAAGAACAUUCAGAAGACAGCUGUCAACGUUGUUACGCCAUUUUUAUUUUUGAGCAUUGAAGUUUACUUACUGUACAUGACAUAUUUUGUUUGUUCUGAUAUUAAAAUACUGUCUAAAGUAUUGUAGAAACAAUUUCUGUAACUAUUUCUGUUUAUUGUGAUAUAAAACAAAUAUUUUUAAGCAAA